GGGCGCCCGUAUAAAAGCCCGGCCGGCGUGCCGCUCGGGCGGCUGUCUCGCAACCUUCUGCCACGUCUUUGCCUCUGUUUUAUAUUCUGGGGCGGGGGGAGAAACAACAACUUGAGACAUGUCUCAUAAAUGGGGAUACGGACCGGAUAACGGUCCUGACAAAUGGGAAGAAGAUUUCCCGAUCGCCAACGGGCCCCGACAGUCUCCCAUCAACAUCGUCCCGAGAGAAGCCAAGUUUUCGCCCGCUCUCAAGCCUCUGAGACUCAAAUACGAGCCGUCCAACUCCCUGAACAUUCUCAACAAUGGCCACUCCUUCCAGGUGGAAUAUUUGGAUGAUGUGGAUUCUUCCACCCUCACCGGAGGUCCCAUUUCCGGAACGUACCGUCUGAAGCAGUUCCAUUUCCACUGGGGAGCCAGCGACGAAAGAGGCUCCGAGCACACCGUCGAUGGCGUCAAGUUCCCCUGCGAGCUUCACCUGGUGCACUGGAACACCCAAUAUUCCACCUUUGGAGAGGCUGCCGGCAAACCAGACGGACUGGCUGUGGUCGGGGUCUUCCUCAAGAUUGGCGCCGCCAACCCCAGGCUGCAAAACGUGUUGGAGGCCUUGGGUGCUAUUCAAACUAAGGGAAUGCAGACCACCUUCGCUAACUUUGACCCAGAGACUCUCCUUCCUGGCUCUCUUGACUAUUGGACAUACGAUGGCUCUCUGACCACGCCGCCUCUUUUGGAGAGCGUCACGUGGAUUGUUCUCAAGGCGCCGAUAAGCGUCAGCCCUGCGCAGAUGGCAAUGUUCCGCAGCCUGCGCUUCAGUGGAAAAGGAGAGGCCGAGUGCCGCAUGGCGGACAACUACCGACCUCCUCAGCCUUUGAAAGGUCGGCAGGUCCGUGCCUCCUUCAGAUGAAUACGGCCUUCUUCCCAUCAACGUUUCCCGAUGCGCCGUGAGAGCUCAUCGAAAUGAUCGCUUCAUCGGGACGGGAAUGAUUUAUCGACUACAAAUAAUGUAUCUCACGCUAGAUGAUAAUGAAGCGCCUUGUGUGACCGUAUUGUUGUGCGGUGUGUUUUGUUUUGUUUUGUUUUGUUUUCUUUCAAAGUAAAUGGCGUGCCUUGGCUCAUGAAAGGAUGCCAAGCAUUGAUUUCCAUUUCUUGACUUCUUGAUCAUCCAUUUUCUCUUUCUUCUGCCUUCUUUCGCUUCACAAUAUAUUUGCUUUUAUUAGCGUCGUGGCUCCAAUUCGCCUUUCAUUCACAAACACUGGCUGGUCGUUCGUAUCUCGAAUUUUCAGACCAACUGUUGGGAUGACGAACUUGCUCAAAUUGCUCAAACUCGCAUUCAGCCUCGGGAACUCGAUGUAUCAAGGGACAAAACGAUCGCCUGUGAUUUACUCUGCAUUUUUGCCCUAUUGAUUGUUUCAUAACAUGUGGUGUCGAUUAUGCAAUACAUACAGAUUGUCAAUAAAUGACACUUCUGCAA